GAAAAUACCAGUAAUACAAACAAAGCAGUAUCGGCACCGCCUCUCCUGGAUCAUCAUUUACGAUCUCACUCUCAACGACCGCUCCUUGUUAAUCACUUGUCAACGCACCCAAUUUAUCAGCCACAAAUUUAAGAGAUUAUGGUUAGAGCAUACUCACAGGAGCACACUUUUAAGCACCCAUGGGAAAGGGUAACCUCUGCAUCUUGGCGCAAGUUUGCUGACCCUGAGAACAAGCGUGUGCUAUCUCACAUUCUUGAAGUCGACACCUUAAAUAGGAAGCUUGACUCUGAGUCGGGAAAGCUUUACACAACUCGUGCCAUCACAAUCCAUGCUCCAGGACCAUGGUUUGUACGCAAAAUCGUUGGUCAAGAUAUCUGCCAUUGUGUUGAAUCAACUGUUGUGGAUGGGCAAUCCCGAUCAAUGCAACUGGCCACGCGUAACAUCAGUAUGCAGAAGUUCAUUGAAGUCGAGGAAAAGAUCCGGUACGACCCACACCCAGAGAAUCCGACAGAAUGGACCAUCUGCAAGCAAGAAACAAGCAUACGGAUAAGGCCCUUCUCAGCACUGGCUUCCAUGGCUGAAAAGAUUGAGCAGAGAUGUGUUGAUAGGUUUCAGCAGAAUAGCGCCAAAGGUAGAGAGGUAAUGGAGAGGAUCUGCAAGUAUUUGGAAGCUGAAUCUAGGGGGAUCAAAAUAUAAUUUUAACCAUCUGUUAUUUUUUAUACAAUAUUCCGAAGUUGUAGCUUUUUGGAUUUUAGACUUUAACUACGUCAGCUUAACAUAAAGUCCAGUUGCUGGCCACUAUGAAUUUAUGUUGAUGCUGUUUACAGACCGAUUGCCAGCUACGUCGUGAAGGAAGUAGCAGAAGAAUGCAGUCUACUAGUGUUUAGAACUCUGAUGUAAUAAGAUAAACACGGACAUUGUAUUAAGCA